UGUCGCCGCAAACAACAAUCGUCAAGGUGACAAUUUGCCGGUGAGAAUCGUCUUUUGUGUCGUAGUGUAUAAAAGAAACUACCGGAUUUGAAUUUUACAGAGUGCAGAAUGGUCCAUUUGUUCAUAUUUGUUGCUUUAGUGGUGGCGGGUGGAACGGCACCUGCUGCCCGACAUUACACGGCUAUUUUAGCCCAUGAAGCUCCAGUAAUUCCGGUGGUUAAAGCUGUUCCGGUUGUGUAUGCCACACCUGUGCUGUACGCUGCUCCGGUCGUUCAUGCUCCGAUGGCACACUCUGUAUAUGACGAGUAUCGAUGAAAACUGAGAUUAUUAGAGAACUGUGGUGGACAGUAAUGGCGAAAAUUUAAUAUUAAGGUAGUUCUCACAAUGCUUUUAAGGAACUGAAAUUGUACAAGAUAUUUUUCAUCAUUUUUGUAAUAAAUGCUUUGUCAAAAAA